AUGCGGCUCCAGGCGGCACUUUUCUUGCUCGCCGCGUGCGUGCCAUCGGCGACGGCCGUUUUCAAAGACGAGGUCGACCACGUCGACUUCCACCACGCCCUCCUGGGCAUUCCCUCGGUCGACACGACCUUUUUCCUGCGCCCGUCGGCUUCGUCGAGCGCCUCACUUCUCUAUACCCUCUCCGAGAAGUCGAUCCUCGGCGCCGUCAACCCUAGAGAUGGCUCCAUUGUGUGGCGGCAAAACAUCACCCGGUCGUCGUUGUCGGCGGCGCAGCAGCAGCAGCAGCAGCAGCAGCAGGGAUUCCUACGCGGGAGCGAUGAGUCAAACACCGUGGUGAGUGCCGUGGGCGCGGAUGUGUCCUCCUGGAGCGCCGUAGAUGGCAAGCUGGUCUGGGAGAAUCGGUUUGCCGGCGAGACCGUGGCGGAUCUGGAGGUGUUGGAGUUCGAGGAUGCCAGUCACCCUGCGACGGUUAAGGACACGAUUGCGCUUUUUGCAGGUGCGGUGGGCACUGUCAGACGAUUCGAUGGCGGGUCGGGAGAUGUCAAGUGGGAAUUCAAGGACCAGAGUGGUGAUCUUCCCUUCCAGGUGUUGUCCUCUCCCGCCGAAAUAUACUAUAUCUCGCUGCAUUCUGUUCCGUCAAAGGGUUACAAGAUCAAGAUCACCUCACUGGACCCUCUUACGGGCAAACCGGGCCAGCAGUAUGUUCUGAGCUCUGAGAAUGAGGUGGCCGGGCCCGAGUCGGUCUUGUUUGUCGGUGCAAACAACGCUUCCCCGUUGGUUGUCUGGGCGGACAAGUUGCACAAGACGUUGAAGGUCAAUGUGAUCGGCUCGAAGCAGGUCCACACAAUCACAAUCGACAACGAAAGCGGCGAGGAGAUCCGUUCUAUUACUGUUCACGCAUCGCGCAAGUUGAACUCGUUGCCCCAUUUUCUGGUCCAGUACGAGACCGAGUCGAGCUCCUGGGCUGACGUCUACCACGUUGACUUGAAGGCCUCCACGGUCUCAAAGGCGUAUCACCUGCCGCGCACGCAGGAGCGCUCGGUCUUCGCGACCAGCAACAAGGACGCAAAUGUGUACUUCACUCGCAUGUCUGAAUCAGAAGCUGCAGUCGUCUCAUCUGCGUCUCAUGGCAUUCUUGGGCGGUGGUCUCUCCAGUCACCCUCCACCGAACGGCCCCUCCAUGCCGUGGCGGAGGUUGUCGUCAAGGGAGACUCUGUGGCUCUUCGGUCGGCGGUCGUCACAGAAUCCGGUGACUGGCAUCUCAUUCAGAACGGCCAGUCCGGAUGGACGAGAUAUGAAGCAUUGGCCGGGGCAUUGGCCGCGACUUGGGUCGAGGCGGACGAUCAGGAAGAGCUCGCUCACGAGCUCGAAGUAGAGGGCCACCAGAGUCUCCUUGGUGCUUAUUUCCACCGCGUCAAACGCCACGUACGGGACCUCCAGUAUCUCCCCGAUUGGCUCCGGGAGCUUCCCAGCCGGGUCAUCACCAGCGUUUUCUCGGAUGAAGUCACAAACCUCGACAGCUUUGGAAUCAACAUGCCCGUUAUCGUGGCUACUGAGAAUGGCCGCGUAUACGCUCUCGAUACCGGCAAGCAUGGUGCUGUUGCUUGGAGCGUGAAGGCCGCAGAAGGCCAAGGCACGUGGGACGUCCGAACGAUCGUGACCCAGCCUGGGUCUGCCACUGUUUACGUGGAAGACGGCAGCUCGGUCACCCUGAACACCACUUCUGGGGCUAUUCUUUCGCGGACUGCACCCACGACCAAAACCAAGUCGUUCGCCGUCGUCAAACAGGACGCUUCUUCUCCGGUAGUCAUCGGUGUCAAGGAAGAUGGCACCCCUCUGGAUGCGAUCAACGGAGCAGGAUUCCUCGUCACGCUGGGCGACGACGGGCGUGUUCGUGGAUGGACCGCCGCCGACAACAAGUAUCCUGUCUGGGAGUUCGCGCCUCCCGAGGGACAGCGGAUCGUGCGCGCCACGGCGCGCCCUGCUCAUGACCCUGUGGCUUCGAUCGGCAAGGUCCUGGGCGACCGCUCGGUCUUGUACAAGUACCUCAAUCCCAACCUUGCCCUGGUGACCGCUGUCAGCGGCAGCACGGCGAGCUUCUACCUCUUGGACGCGAUCUCCGGGCAACUGCUCCACGCAAGCACCCAGCGCGGGGUGGAUACCACGCAGCCCAUCCCCUCUGUGAUCUCGGAGAACUGGUUUGCAUACUCCUUCUACGGCGAUGCGGUGCAGGAAGGCGAUGCCAGGGGCUACCAGCUAGUCGUGGCGGAGUUGUACGAAUCGCCCACCCCGAACGACCGGGGUCCGCUGGGUUCGGCCAGCAACUACUCCAGCCUAUUUGGCGCAGAGCCUCUCCCCGCCCCGCACGUCAUCUCCCAGGCAUUUGUGAUCCCUGAACCCAUCUCCCACAUGACCGUGACGCAAACCCGGCAGGGAAUCACCACCCGCCAGCUGCUGUGCACGCUGCCGGCCUCGAACUCCCUCAUCGGCAUCCCGCGCCCGGUGCUCGAUCCCCGCCGCCCCGUCGGCCGCGACGCGACCGCGCUCGAGGCCGAAGAAGGUCUGUUCAAGUACCAUCCCUUCCUGGAAUUCGACGGCAAGUGGUACAUCUCGCACGCGCGCGACGUGGCGGGCCUUUCGACCGUGCUCUCCCGGCCAACCCUGUUGGAGAGCACGAGCCUUGUCUUCGCCUUUGGCGGCGACAUCUUUGCCUCGCGCGUCAACCCGUCCCAGGCCUUUGAUAUCCUUGGCAAGGGCUUCUCCAAACUUCAGCUCGUCCUAACCGUUGUGGCUCUGGCGGUUGGUGUUGUCAUUCUGGCUCCAAUGGUUCGGAGAAAACAGAUCAACGCCGUGUGGAAGGCGUCCAGCUAG